AUGUCAGCAAGUUCUGCAGAUAUAAAUUCAUCAAUAAUGCUAGAUCAAGAACAACAUCAUAUAGGUGCAAGUUUACGAAAUUCAAUGCUAUUAUCUCGUUCUAGUGGUGUACCAGGUCAAAUGCAGUCGAUCUCAGAAGAGCCAUCACACUCCCCAUCUGAUUCUGGUGAUAAAAAUGUCUCUGAUCGCCUGCGAAAACAAUUUGCUAACGAUGAUGGUGCUAACAUCAAGUCUGCAUCUUCUAAUAAAACAAUGUCGGGAAGUAUGUCACCGAAAGAAGUGGUAGCGUCAAUGCAAAGUUCAAUUAUCAUUGAUACAGAGGCUGAUGGCCAUGAACUUGGUUCGCGUGCUGGUGAUUUGCUUCAUGAAUUUCAAAAACGUCGUCUGGAUCGAGAAAUUUCUUAUGCGCCUACCACCGGUGAUCAAUCUCUUCCUGUUACACCACCUGCCCCUAGCUGUAUUCAGAAGAGUCCUGAACAAAAACCGUCAAUCAAAAAAUCUAAUGCAUUGGAAAAUGUCGUCGCUGCCGUUCCGGAUUCUGAUUCUCGUUAUGGUGAAGCGGAACAGACAUACAAACUUAAUGGUGAGAACUCUAUUACAACGACCACUCGCGCUCAAACCCCACGUUACAUACCUGUCACAGUUUUGGAAGAUAGCCAACCAAUACGUUGUGUUGGAUUUCAUCCAUCUGGACGUUUUUAUGCUUAUCCUAACGUUCAGCGUUUAAGUGCCAAACAUGUAGCUACCUCUCCUGUAAUUUUAAUGAGACGUCAAAAAUACCAUAAAGGUAGCAUAUAUUGCGUUGCUUGGAGUCCAGAUGGUCGACUUAUUGCUACGGGAAGUAAUGAUACUACAUUAGGAAGUUAUCCAUCAUCAGAUACCAAUACCAGUGCAUCAAGUAAUCAUUUACUAAGUGCAGGUGCAGGUGAUUCUCGUAUUUAUCUUAUUGAUUGUAAUCGAGCUCAAACAUUUGAUGCGUCAGCACCUAAGUCAACGCCACCUGGUUAUGUGGUACGUUCAAUGUCUGGACAUACAGCGGCAGUUUAUUCUCUAUCUGUAUGGAGUCCUGGUUCAUUGUUUGUUUCUGGCAGUGCAGAUGCUACCGCACGUCUAUGGGAUUUACGGGCACCAGCUCCUGUGUUAAUUGUUCCUUCCUAUUCAGGUUCACAAGGAAGUGCAUUCGCCUCGGUCACUGUGGAAUCUGGUUGUAAUCUGCUUGCUAGUGGUCAUGAAGACGCUACAAUCUCUCUGUUCGAUCUACGUGGUGCUCGUUACAUCAAUGCCUAUAGACCACAUUCCAAUGAAGUACGCAGUGUACGCUUCUCACCAACUACUUACUAUCUUUUAUCAGCCAGUUAUGACAAACGAGUUAUGCUAACUGAUUUCCACGGUGAUCUGUCCCAACCACUACCUUGUGUUCAGUUGGCUGAGCACACAGAUAAAGUUGUACAAGCACGUUGGCAUCCACAUCAGUUAUCAUUUAUUACCUCAAGUGCAGAUAAAAGUGUUAUAUCAUGGGCACUACCCACUGUGUGAUUUAUACAUGUAGAUGCGUACACAUGUGUAUUCACUGUUAUACCGUCUAUUUCUCAAUCAAGAUCUCGUUAAGAGAAUUUUC